AGAUGAACAAAAGACUAGAAAGAGGAAAAGCUAUAGAUAGUGGUACAGUAGAAACAACUGUUAUUAAUAUAAGCAGUGAUGAUCCUAACUAUAUGGGGGUUUCGAAUCCUCGGCAUUUAUAUGAAAACCAGCAGUGUAUUAAACUUCAAAACAGAAGACCAAAUGGCAAUAUUCCAUUGAAUACCAGAACUAAAGAAUUAAACAUGCAGCAGAAUAAGCCAUCUAAAAUACUAGGUUUUUACCCAGCACAUUUUUACAUGAUAAUGAUGGUCUUUAUUAUAGUUGCAGUAGUAAUAUUUGUACUAGUAAAGAAAACAGAUUUCAUUAUGCCUCAAAGCAACUAA